CACAUCUUCACCAAUCACAAUUUUUCCAUUUUUGUAUUUUAUCCACCAAAAGAUUAUUUUUUUAAUAAAAAUUUCCUUUUCCCAAAAAAUAAAAACGCACAGUUCAACAUGAACAUCAUACAGUAAUAACUUCGGAAACUCCGUCAAUUACAACCUCAAAUUUUCCGAUCCAUAUAAAUCCAAUUCCCAACCACUCCAUAAUGUCAUCCCCACUUUCAUCAUUCUCUAACUACCAUGAACGGCGGCGCCACCUCUUACUCCGGUGACGUCUCCGCCGUUAAACGUAGACACAGCAGCCAAACCGUUCAUUCUAACGGCGUUAACGCGACGGAUUCAAUGCCGAAGAAUUCCUCUCUCUUUUCUCAAGCUUCGUUUCUGAAAUGGACAUUAUCUGAUGUUGUGCACGUGGCGACUCAUCAUUGGAUGCCUUGUUUGUUUGCUUGUGGUCUUUUGUUCUUCAUGGCCGUGGAGUACACGCUCCUUAUGGUUCCUUCUUCGUCUCCACCGUUUGAUUUGGGUUUCAUCGCCACGCGCUCUCUUCAUCGCGUUCUCGAGUCUUCGCCUGAGCUCAACAAUGUUCUUGCCGCACUCAAUACGGUGUUUGUGGCAAUGCAAACGAGUUAUAUCUUAUGGACUUGGUUGAUUGAAGGACGUCCCAGAGCAACAAUUUCAGCACUUUUCAUGUUUACAUGUCGUGGGAUUUUGGGGUAUUCCACCCAGCUACCAUUGCCUCAGGAUUUUCUGGGUUCUGGUGUGGACUUUCCUGUCGGAAACGUAUCGUUCUUCUUGUUUUUUUCGGGCCAUGUGGCGGGUUCGAUGAUAGCUUCCUUAGACAUGAGGAGGAUGAAGAGGUGGGAGAUGGCAUGGACAUUUGAUUUGUUGAAUGUUUUACAAGCUGUGAGGUUGCUUGGUACAAGAGGCCAUUACACUAUUGAUUUGGCUGUUGGAUUAGGUGCUGGCUAUUUAUUUGAUUCUUUUGCUGGUAAGUAUGUUGAAGAUAGCAAGAAGAAAAUAGCUAAACAUAGUGGCAAUGGCAAUGGUGUAUGAAAUAGGCAAGUACUCAAUGUGUGAAAUUUGUAGUGAAAAGAGGAAGAGUUUGAAUUGUAAUUGUAAAGCAAAUAACAAAAGAAAGAAGGGUUAGAGAGUGAUGUUAUUGUAAUAGUGGUUGGUUUUGCUGUUGAAUAAUUAAUGUGUAAUUUCAAUAAUUGAUUUCUUUCACUAGUGUAUGAUUAGGAUUUGCUUA